AUGGAGUACGAAAACGAACAGCGCGGCUACGAUGACGAGCCUCGCGGCUAUGAACGCGACCGCAGCAGGUCUCCGCGUGGUGACCGUCGCGACGAUGGCGCGCGCGCCCGCAGCGCCUCACCGGGCGGCCGCGACAGCCGUGGCCCGCCGCCAGAGCGCAGGGACGAUGACGACGAGAGCCGCAACUCAGGCUCCAACCUCUUCGUCACCGGCAUCCAUCCUACUCUCAGCGAAGAGGAGGUCACCCGUCUCUUCGAGAAGUAUGGCGAGGUAGAGCAGUGUAACAUCAUGCGCGAUCCUCACACUAAGGAGUCUCGCGGCUUUGGCUUCGUCAAGAUGGUCACCUCCGAGCAGGCUGACGCAGCAAAGGAGGGUCUACAAGGAGAGGUUCACCAGGGCCGGACGCUCAGCAUUGAGAAGGCUCGCCGUGCGCGUCCUCGUACUCCCACCCCGGGCAAGUACUACGGACCGCCCAAGCGUGGUAAGUCUGCUCGCUGUCUGCAGCGUACAUGCCGUGCUAAUUACAUUGCAGAGUUCGGUGGACGUGGCGGCCGGGGCGGCGGCCCUCGCUACAACGAUCGCUACACUGAUGACCGCCGCGGCGGUUACGGCCGACGCGACGACUACGGUUCCCGCAGCUCAAGAUACGACGAUCGCGGCUACGGUGGCGGCCGUCGCGACGACUACGGUCCUCGUGGCGUCGACCGUUAUGCUUCUGACCGCAGCUACGGUGGCAGGGAUGGCGGCCGCGAUGGAGGACGCGAUGGCGGACGCGAUGACCGCCGGGGUGGUGGAGGUGGCUACUACGACAGGCCCCCGCCCCCAGCUGCUGGCGCCUACGACGCCCCUCCUCCGCGCGAGGCGUACGGCGGUGGAGGACGCUCGUACGAGGGUGAUUACGAUCGCUCAUACCGCUAG